AGCAUCGCAUCCGCAUCGUCGCAUCAUUUCUGUUUGCAAACAUAACACGCUUCUGUCUGAUUUUGAGACGAAUUUCCAAAUUAAAGUUGAAUAUUUUUAAACAUAGAAAGUUCAAGUGUGGAUUAUUAUUUUAAUCAUGCAAAACGUUGUUAUCAAGGAUAUUUUUGAUGGAUUCAACGAUUACCUAAACAAGGAGCAGGAACUUCGAGAGCAAAUCCGUGAACUGGUACGUGAGAUAGACCAUGCCGCGAAGGAGGCCGCUAUUGCCUUGCAGGUCAUCCACAGUAGUUUAACGGAAGUGUCCACGGCAUGUGUUGCUGCCCGGAAUCAGUUCGAGGUAUGUCGCAAGGGUUACCAGCGUCUGGCCGAAUUGAUACCAGCGGGCCAGUAUUACCGAUACAAUGAUCACUGGCAUUUCCUGACACAACGCAUAGUUUUCCUGGUGGGACUAACGAUUUACCUGGAGAAGGGAAUCCUCGUCAGUCGGGACACUACGGCGGAGAUUUUAGGAAUGAAAUCGAAACAAGCUGAUGGUUUCCACUUGGACAUUGAGGACUAUCUGAUGGGAAUUCUUCAAAUGGCAUCUGAACUUAGUCGUUAUGCUGUAAACUCCGUCACACUUGGCGAUUAUGACCGUCCGUUGGCAAUCUCAAAAUUCGUUGCCGAUUUGAACUCUGGGUUCCGGCUGUUGAAUCUGAAAAACGAUGGACUUCGUAAGCGUUUUGAUGCAUUGAAGUACGACGUCAAGAAGAUUGAAGAGAUUGUGUAUGAUAUAAGUAUUCGAGGUCUGCGAACGGAUUCCACUGAUACAACUCCAGCUGAACAGUAAAAUGUGAGAGACUAUGAGGUACCUAAGCUGAAAGUGCAUUUUAUUUUGUAAAAACUGCUCAAAAGCAGUAUAAUUGUGAAAUUUUCACAUUUGUUUUCUCUUGUUUUUUCUCUUUCAAUUCAGUAAUAAAUAACCAAGAUACGAUAUGUAAACAA